UCCAAACUCAUCUAGUAAUGUCUUUUUUUUUUUUUUUUUUUAAGUGUGUUGCACAGGAUUGCAUUCUAGGGGGAUUUUCCUUGCUUUGUACACUGGACAGGGGUAAGAUAAAAUAUUUUUUUUAUAUACCGACAUAAAAGAUAGACAAGAACCUCCUGUACUGAUAAAACCCAAACAGCUACGCAACAAGGAGGGAGGCGACUUCCUUUUAUUCACCUGUGGUUACGCUGAGAACGCCCAGCCACUAUUUCACCCUUCCCAGGAACCUGGCACCUAAGCUGUCAGGUUACUCUGCACAGGCAGCGCUGACUGAACAACUGCACCCUCCAGCAAGUCCACGCAGGAGGUCAGCCCAGGCGAGGCAAGGCGAGGCACAGGCUGGUGGCUGUGGCUGUGCAGCGCGUUGCCCCUGAGCCACACGUGUCGGAGUGGCGGGGGCAUGCGGCUGUGCGAGGGGAAGCCCCCAGCAGCACGGCGGCGCUGCGCGCUGCUGCUCAGCUCCCUGCUGCUGGUCAUUGCCCUGACACUGCGCAGUGUGACCCGGCCCUGCCAUGAUGCCCACCCCCGCUGCCGUGACCACCUCCGCCGGGCUCUGGAGCUACCCUCCAGCCGAAGGAUCAACUGCUCAGGGGUUGUCAGCGGGGACGAGCAGGCGAUCCAGCAGGCACUCCUCAGCAACCUGGAGACUAGAAACAAAAGGGCACCCCUGACACCUGAAGCGUACCUUAACAUGACGAAGGACUGCAGCAGCUUCAAGGAGACCCGGCGCUUCAUUGAGUUCCCACUGAGCAAGGAGGAGGCUGAGUUCCCCAUUGCCUACUCCAUAGUCAUCCACAACAAAAUCGAGAUGUUUGAGCGGCUCCUGCGGUCUGUCUACAUGCCACAGAAUGUCUACUGUGUCCACAUAGACAGCAAGUCCCCAGCUGCUUUCCAGGAGGCCGUGAGGGCCAUUGCUGCCUGCUUCCCCAACGUCUUUGUGGCCAGCCGCCUGGAGAAGGUGGUCUACGCCUCCUGGUCACGCCUGCAGGCUGACCUCAACUGCAUGCAGGACCUGCUGCGGAGCCCCAUGCCGUGGCGCUACGUCCUCAACACCUGCGGCACCGACUUCCCCAUCAAAACCAAUGCGGAGAUGGUCCGCGCCCUCCAGAUGCUGCAGGGGCAGAACAGCAUGGAGUCGGAGAAGCCAUCGUCCUACAAGCAGCUGCGGUGGAAGUACCACCACGAAGUGGGGGACGCCAUCUCCCAGACGGCCACUGAGAAGCUGCCGUCGCCGCUCAGCUCACCCAUGUUCACGGGCAGCGCGUACAUAGCAGUGACGCGGGCCUUUGUGCAGCACAUCUUCGAGGACCCCACAGUGCUGCAGUUUCUCGAGUGGGCCAAGGACACCUACAGCCCCGACGAGCACGUCUGGGCCACCCUCACCCGCGUGCCUGGCGUGCCAGGCGCCGUGCCCCACAACGACAAGUUCGAGCUCUCGGACAUGAACGCCCUGCCCCGCCUGGUCAAAUGGCAGUACCUGGAGGGCGACACCAGCAAGGGAGCGCCCUACCCGCCCUGCACCGGCCGGUACCAGCGCGCCGUCUGCAUCUACGGGGCCGGAGACGUGUCCUGGAUGCUCCGGCAGCACCACCUCUUGGCCAACAAGUUCGACCCCCAGGUGGACGAUGCCGCCAUCCAGUGCCUCGAGGAGCACCUGCGCCACAGGGCUCUGCUCGGCGCGGGGCUCUGAGGGGAGCCGGCGCACAGCCCGCCCCGGCGGCGCCUGAGGAGCCGCAGGGCACCUCACAGACUGGGGGCUACUUCCGCGGCUGCUGAGGAGAAACGGCGGAGCCCUGGGGUAAGCGGAGGCCGGGGGGCACCGGGCUCGGUGGGGGAAACGGGGGUGCUGGGGUGGGAGGGCGCAG